UGGCUCAAGCUGCGAUAUAACGAAGUUGGUGGUGGCAUAGUCUGCAUCAACAACGUGUUCUCGUUUUUCUUGCACGGCGGCUGUGGAGCAUGGGUCGUGUUCUGGCUAUCUUAUUAGUGCGGAUAGUGACCAAUUGGAUUUGUGCUUGCUACUUGAGACUAUCCACAGUGUCGUUCGAACCCUAAGUACACAUACUGCGCGAUUGAUUCUGUAUCCAGGCCGGAGACAUUUGAGAAAGAGAGGAGACGCACAGGAUCGGCUGUUGAGAUGGCAGGACUAGGAUUGAGGGAACUAGGAACUACAGGCUUGAGGGUUACCUCUAUCGGUUUCGGUGGUUCGCCUCUGGGCAAUGUCUUUGGCGCUGUGAAGGAAGAGGAUGCCAUCGCCUCCGUGCACGAAGCUGCCCGCUUGGGCAUCAACUACUUUGACGUCUCCCCAUAUUACGGCGACACUCUAGCAGAGACCGUGCUUGGGAAAGCUCUUAAGACUAUGCCCAUCCCUCGUGAGAGCUACGUUGUGUCAACCAAGUGCGGCAGAUACGGGUCUGGAUUUGAUUUCAGCGCAGGGCGAGUGACGCGCAGCGUGGACGAGAGCCUGGCGCGCCUCAACCUUCAAUAUGUGGACAUCAUUCUGUGCCACGACAUCGAAUUCGGUUCUCUUGAUCAGAUCGUGAACGAGACUAUACCCGCCCUUCAGAAGCUCAAAGAGUCCGGGAAAAUUCGCCACAUUGGGAUCAGCGGCUUACCGCUAAAUAUUUUCAAGUACGUAUUGGACCGAGUCCCCAAAGGAUCUGUAGAAGUGAUUCUGUCCUAUUGUCAUUACAGCCUCAACGACACAUCCUUGUUGGAGCUUGUCCCUUACUUGAAAGACAAGGGAGUUGGUAUAAUCAGUGCUUCACCCUUGUCCAUGGGUCUUCUCUCUGGAUUGGGCUACCCAGAUUGGCACCCCGCUCCUCCAGAAUUAAAGGCGGCAUGUGCUCAGGUAACAGAGGUGUGCAAGGCCCAGGGCAAGAGCAUCGCAAAGUUCGCAUUACAAUACGCGUUGAGGGAGCGUAGAAUCGCCACAACUUUAGUAGGCAUGAGUUCAGUAGAUCUGGUGCGAGAAAACGUAAAAACAGCCAUUGAGGUGGAGCAGAGUAUUGCAAGCAUUGACGAGGAGCUUCUGCAGCAACUGGAGCAAAUAUUGCAGCCAGUAAAGAACAUGACCUGGCCGAGUGGACGAGAAGAGAACAACUAGCUGUGGGAAGUGGCAGCACAUCACAGAAUCUUUACAAGCAUGAAGUGACUGUGCAGAGCAACUGUGCAGUGUGCACUGUACAGUAGUGCAGUUUCUAAUCUACAAGCUGAUGUAUAAGUGCAUAUGCAACGCAACAGAAGAAUUUUCCAAGAUGAACGGCA